AUGUCCUCCGACAGCGAGCACCCCGACGAUGCUGGCUAUGGUGACGAGACGAAGUCGAGCGUCUCUUGUGCCGCAUGCAAGAAACCGGGCCACAAGUUGGCAGAUUGUUUUUGCUUGAGCAACAGAGUGCUCAUACAUGGUUCUGUCAAAGGUUGCCCAAUGUGCAACACUGUCAAACAUUGCUACGAUGACUGCAAGCUACUGCCUGCGGGUGGUGACGAGCUGCUACAACACCAUAUGGAAUGGCUCGUUCGGCGGCGCCGCAAUAUGCCUCUAAUACACACGACAAUAGACAUCUGGAUACUUGUUUUGGGGUUUCCAGAUGAUGGAUACGGAUAUCCGUGGUCCCAUUCAUUCACCAUAAGUCUGAACAAGAAACAACAUUUGUUGCCAGGCUCACGCGAUUUCCGUGAACUCGCCGAAAUUGGUAGAUAUUAUGACAAGGCAACGGAAUCCCUUGCCGAAAUUACGCGCCGCAUCAAUUUUACUGUUCCUAAAUGGCCUAAUGAAGGAUAUGACGCAACAAACCUGGUGGGCCGGGCAUAUACACCUGCGUCCGACAUACGUGAGAACGAUCAGAAGCACAAUGCCGAGUACACCUUGGCAUUCGAAACGAUUAUGAGGCAGAGGGACGAAGGAAACUACAACUAUGGUCAGACGAUAAGGAGGCUGAGAGUGCUCAGGGUCAGAGCUACAUAUCCAGCGGCCUUUGCGAAGGAAAGUAGCGCAUGGGCUAGAGUAUUCAGCAACUUCCUUCUCCACGACAAACCUGGCGGUGUGGAUGAUGUUACUUUUCUCAGGGAACUCAGAGAUCAGGCAGCGAGUCGGACAGCAGGUCACUCCCAGUCUCCGCCGCCGCAAGAACAGGCACUCAAGGAUGCACCGCAGAAGAGAGAGUCACCGCCCAGUACGCCUACGACACCGAAGCGACAGCCAAAACCCAAGCGAGAUUCACCAUCAGACGGCGAUAUACGUCUUCUUACUUCUACGGAGUCUCGCGCUGAGGAGAUGGUGACAAUUCCUGCACUGCAGCCUACUCAGGGAUCACAGACGAAGCGAGCGUCACCAAAACACAAGCGUCCGGCAGCCACCCCAGAGCCUCGAACCAAUGAAAGAUUUCCGACAUCUUCAUCAACACCUCUCAGAGUUCGCCAGCGAAUUUGGGCGACGCUGUGCCCAGACAGGCAGUGCGUCGGUGGAUACCCCUUUGAAGUUCCCAUACCUCCGAUUGCUCAACUCAAGGCUCACGUGAUAGACGAUCUGGGGGAGGACAACAACUCGAAUGAAGAUCCGGACAAGCGACUUCCUCUGGCAAACUACAUCCACCCACAUGUCACCAUCAGCCUCGCCCAGCGAGAGCGACCCGACGGCGAGCCUGUUCAUACGCUGGUACUUGGCCUGACUAAGGCGACGUCCAUGCUGCGCUUCUCCCGGCUUGGACUGCUCCAGGCCUACGACAUGGCCGUCUGCUGGGCGUCCAAGGUCGAUAGAGACGGCGUUAGCUUCUCUCUUCGAAGCGCUUUUGACGGCUGCAACGCGGUGACGGAGGGUUUUGCGGGGGACAAAAUGCGCAUCGAGGAGAUGGCUGAGCUGGAGAAGCAGAUUGAGAGACUGGCGCCCCGGCGUUCGCAAUUUGACAUGGUGGUGGAGCGCAUCAAGGACUGGAUGGAGAGGAGCGGACACAAGACUCAGUAUACGUCCCGAGAGGCUUGGAGCGAUACUCUUCGCAAGUGGUGGGAAGAUGAACAUGAUGAUGUGGGCGGGCUGAAUCGAGAGGAACUGAAGGAUGCUUGUCUACAGGCCAUAGAGGCCAAGAUGAAGGAAUGGAAGAAGGAGAAGAAGCGAGCCAUCGAGGAGCCCGAUUCUGACCUGGAGAUUAUUGAGUCCCCUCCCAAGAAGAAGGCUCGGUCGCGUUGA